AUGGCCUUGGCCCUCGACCGACGGGCGGACCCGCUGAACCUAGGCGGCGGCUGGGCCUCCCCGUCCCCUCUCCCUCCCUGGUCCCCGUGCCACCGACGGCGGAGGAGCACCGCCAUGUCCCGCCGGCGCCACCGCUCCGGCCCCAAGCUGGAGUACGAGGAGCUGCGGAAGCAGGCGAAGCAUCAGAAUGAGCCGGGCCCGGCGUGGCCCCACCCGCAGCGGCGUCCCGAGCGUCCCGCCAGCCCCAGCUGCUGGGGCGCAGGCGGCUGCUGGAGCACGGGCCCGUGGCGCUGCCCACCCGUGGAAGUGUGGAAGCCGCCCGGCCGGGUGCAGGUGGUGCGUGUGUACGGACUGAGGCCCCCCUGUGCAUGCUGCUGCUCCUGCUGGAACGGGCCAGACAAGCAGGGCCCGGCGCGGCUCUACCGCAAGAAGAAGAAGAAGCGCUGGGGGCGGAAGGGCCGAGGCGUACGGCGCGGCCACCCCCGCCGCCCGCUGCAGAGCAGCCCGCCCGUGGACCUGAGCGCCCUGCUGCGCCCGGUUAACCUGUACGGCCGGCGGGCGCCCGGCAUGCGCGCCCCGCGCAACACCACGCAGUUCAUCAUGAACCAGGUCUACGAGGACAUGCGCAAGCAAGAGAAGCAGGAGCGCCAGCAGGAGGCCCUGCGUGCCCGCCAGGCCGCGGCCGCGGCUGCAGCGGCGGCGGCAGCAGCAGCAGCGGCGGCGGCGGCCGCAGGCCAAAAGCAGGGAGCAGCGGCCGCAGCCGGCCCCCCCGACGGCAGCGCAGGCGCGCUCCGGGCCGUGCGCAGCGCGGGCGACCAAGACAAGGAGAUGCAGCUGCUGCAGGAGACGUUUUACAGCUUUGUCCAGAAGCAGCUCUACUGCCUCGUGCCCAGCCCCGCCGCCGCCGAGGAGGAAAGAGAAGAGGACGAGGAAGAGGAGGAGUUGAGAGAGGAGGAGGAGGAAGAAGAAGAGGAGGACCACGAGGAGGAAGAGGAUGAGGAAGAAGAGGAGAGGUAUGGAGAGGAAGAGGAUGAAUCGGAGGAGGGGGAUGACGAGGAAGAGUUCAAAGAUGAGAACGAAGAGGAUGAGCUGAAAGAGGAGGAUGACAAUGAAGAGGAGGAGGAGGAGGAGGAUGAAGAGGAGGAGGAGGAGGAGGAGAUGGAGGAAGAAGAGGAAGAAGAGGAUUACCAGGACGAAGAGCAGCAGCAAGAUGAGGACCAACAACCGCUAGAGAGCCCUCUCACCAGCCCAGCAACACCUGAAGAAGAGCCAGGAAACAUUUUGAACUUUGAGUUUUUAACCCGGGAACAGAGAAUUGUCCAAAAGCUUCAAGAAAGAUGUCCAAUGAUUGUGCAGAAAGUUCUGUGUUAG